GCCAUCCCUCCCUUGUUUUUGGCUGGUCUUAUUGAUCCACAUCCUCCCUAUGACCCAGCAAUAUCAUUAAGACUCCCUUCAAGUGUGUGGGUGUCUCCAGGUUUGUAGAGCUAAAGGAUGGGAAGGAAGUGCUCUCAUUGUGGGAACAAUGGGCACAACUCAAGGACAUGCAGCAGCCCAAGAGGUGUGGCCUGUAGUAGUGGACUGAGGCUAUUUGGGGUGCAUCUCCAUAUAACUUCCCCUAUGAAGAAGAGCUUUAGCAUGGAAUGCUUGACCUCCUCAUCUUAUCUUGCUUCUUCUUCUGCUUCCUCUUCAUCAACAUCUUCUUCUUCACUGGUUUCUAUUGAUCAAACCACUAAAAAGAUUUCUAGCGGUUAUCUCUCGGAUGGCCUUCUCGGCAGAGUACCAGAGAGGAAAAAGGGAGUUCCAUGGACUGAGGAAGAGCAUAGGUCAUUUCUAGCUGGGCUUGAGAACCUUGGAAAAGGAGAUUGGCGAGGCAUCUCCCGAAACUUUGUCACCACAAGGACCCCAACUCAAGUGGCUAGUCAUGCUCAAAAAUAUUUUCUACGACAGAACAGCCUUAACAAGAAAAACCGCCGAUCUAGCCUCUUUGAUGUGGUUGCAAAUUGUCAUAAGGCAGCUCAAGUCACUGAUUCUUCCAAGUUCAAAGAGCCUUCCAUCUCAAGUGAAGUGUAUGUUCCUACUUUGACAAAAGAUUAUGGAGCUUCUCAGAUCACGAUGAUCGAUCUCAACUCUUCGGAACAAGAAACCCGAUUGCCUUCUUCCCUCACACUGAUGCCUAAUUCAUCUGCUUGUCCAUUACCACAGUCAUCUUUAGUGGAAAGGCCUUGUGUUCACCUCUCACCACUGAAUUUAGAGCUCAGCAUUUCCUCAACAAGACCCUUGGAUCAAAAUAAUUCAUCACCAAAUUCUCUCUUUGCCGAGACAAUUGGAGUUACCUAAGUGGCUGGAGAAGACAUUGAACAGACCACCAUUUGGAGUUCAAGUUUCCUCAAGACUCAUAACAGUGGAAGGAGAGGUUAUACGACCAUAAGAUCCUACAUUAUUAUAUAAUUAAUUAAGGUAUAUGUACGAUCACAUGCUAGAGGGGCAAGGCUUUCACUACAUAUUUGAGUUUGAUUUCCAUGAUGUUUUAAUGAAUUUACCAUCACUCUUGGAACCUUUU